AUGUGGGCAUCCAUGUCUGGGCGUGCUGACGUGGUCGCUGCCCUGCUCGCUGCGCAUGCAGAGGCGAAGUUGAAAGACUCCCAGGGCAUGACCGCAUUGAUGUGGGCAACCCGCCACGGUCAUGUGGACGUCAUGAGGUUGUUACUGGGUGACGGGCCAGACCUCAGCAUAACGGACUUUGGAGGCCACAGUGUGAUGCACCACGCGCGGCAGCACAAGGCGGCCAGGAAGAUGCUGGAGCGAUUCGAGGCUCUGAAUCGACGCCUGCUCCACUCAGCCAAAUCCGGAGACCUCAACGAAGCGUCUAUGGCGCUUCAGGCCGGCGCCUUUGUGGACACACUGGAUGCAGACGGUGCUAGUCCCUUGCUUCAUGCUGCGUCCCAGCGCAACCUAUCCAUGGUCCGGCUCCUGACGCGCCACGGAGCUGAUCCGAGCUUGGAGGCCUCUCGGGCAAGUUCUCCAUGGCUUCGAAAUGCAGAGUAUCAGACAUCGAUCCAAGAGGUCCUUCGCGACGCAGUGAAGGCGAACAAGCUUCUGGUAUCCGCUGCCAAGGAGGGAUGGUGGAAGGGCGUCUUCCAGGCCAUCGAACACGGGGCGUGGCUGGAGAUACCGGACGAGUCGCAAAAGACGCCGCUUGGAUGGGCUGCAAGCCAUGGCAGUGUUGAAGCAGUUCGGCGGCUUAUACAGGCUCGCGCAUCUUUAAAUGCCCGCGAGCAGUGUGGCUGGACUCCUAUCCAUUGGGCGGCUCACAGAAAUUGGGCACAGGUGGCUUCAGUGCUCCAUUACCACAAGGCUGAUGUGCAUGCCAAGGCCUUUUCGGGUGAUACCAUAGUUCAUUUGGCGGCAAAAAGUAACCAUUGCUUCAGCCUGGUUCUGCUGAGUUGCGCAUCCGCUAGUUUGGAUGUUAAGGGCUUUGAAGGGCGGACCCCGCUGCAAGCCACCGCAAUAGGCGGAAAGGUUGCGGCCAUGCUCUGCCUGCUGAAGCUGCGGGCUGACGCAAGCGUCCGAGGCGAAGGCGGCAAGCCUAAAGCCAGCAUCAGAAUGAUAACAACAACAAUAAGAGUCUAG